UUGAAAAUUUUUUUUUAUGAUCCUGAAGUUGACAGGCAGUUAAAAAUUUUCGGAUUUUUUCUUCCAACAAAUAAGUUACGAAAAAAAAAGAACUAAAAAUAUGCAUAUUUGGAAAAUUUAAAAAACUAUAAGUGCAAUUUUGUAAAAAUUGUUUCAAUAUUGUUUUUUUUUUAAUUUAUGGUUUUGAAAAAAUUCUAAAAAUUAUUAAAUGUCGGCAAACUUCAGUAUCAUUUUUUUUUGUAAUUGUGAAUCGUGUUUUAUGUGAUUGUGUUUUAUAAUUAAUAUCAGUGAUCAGUUUGUGUUAUAAAUUCAAUGAGUGUAUUUUAUUGUGAAGAUUUAUUGAGUUAUUUAAAUUUCGUCUCUGAGUUAAGCUGCAAUGAAUUUACUACGAAUGUUGGACUGGUGUUGCUGAGAGUUAAAUCGAACAACAAGGAAAUAAAAAAUCAUCACCAUCGCACCACCACAAUAAUUAACAAUUAAACGCUGUAAUAAUAUAAAAUAAAUUAUGAAUAAAUAAAAACUGACGAUUGAUUGAGGAGAUAUAUCAAAUCAAACAAGGAAACAGUGCAGGUGUAGCUGCCAUAAAGACAUAUAUUAUAAUAAUAUUAUGUAGCAGGUGUUAGUGGUAAGGCUGCUGUUAUUCAUUAACAAGUGGGUCCAUAUCAAGUUAAAUGUGUUGGAGGAUGGACCAUACAAUUGCGUGGGAGGAUUCGACGAUGAAUACUACUAUUAGGACAACUGUUACAUUUGAAACUACAAGUACAACUACAACUACAGGAACCACUACAGAUAGAAUUGGAAAUGAUGCAAGUAUUCCUGCUACAACAACUGCUGCUAUUGGUAUGGAAAAGCAACAUGAAGAGGAUGCGAUCAUGUCCUCGGUUUGUCCGUGCCAAGUAUUGGUAGUUACCGAACCGAUAGACAGAGUUAUAGAGGGCGGAUGCAUUGACCACUAAAGCAUCCUGCCUAAUUUUCUGAGUGUGUUAAAGGAGGAGGAAAAGGGGGGAAGUGAAAGAGGAGAUAUACGAAGAAGGAGGACGUGGGAAAACACCAGAGAUCAAGACUUGUGCUGGAGAACAGAAUGCAUCAUAGUACUAGCGGUUAUUCGAAUAGUGGUGGCGGUGGUGGUGGUGGUCCACAAGAACGUGUCCACCAAGUGUCGAGAGCUUCGGGUACCCCUGCCACAAGUGUAGAUGCUAAGUGCCCGUAUGAGAGCUAUCAUGCACCUAUACCGGAUUGCUGCGCUGCUGCGGCAGCUGCUGCGGCUCAGGAUCCAUACCCACGACCACCUAGUGGCUAUGACACGAGAUGUUUUGAGGACUGCCGUAUAAGAACGCCUUAUCCAGAUGAAAAUACUCAGGAAGUGCCACAGAGUUCGCACCGGCCACAGUCUCGUGUGGGUUUCGAGGAUCGUCCGCAGUCACGAGUGGGUGGGUACCCAAGUGACUCGAGGUGUCCUAGUAGACUUGACUACGAUGACACCGGAGGUGGCGGUGGUGGGGGAGGCGGCGGGGGUGGCAUUAGCGGUGUUGGUUACCUGGACCAAAACGAUCCGCGGAUGUACUGUACUGGUACCUAUUGUAUGGGUGACACGAUGAUGGCAAGUGCCCGAGGCAUGUGUGGUGAAGAGGUCGAGCUCGAUAUGCGACGACAUAUACAAGCAUGCGCUUGCACCUGCAAUCACAUGGGCUAUGGAAAUUACAUGGACUAUCAGACAACGUGCCUAACAGAACUGCCAGACGUUGCGCCUUGUAACGGGACUGUACGUUUACCGCCAACCUGCGAGGAGUCACCAAGCUCUGGGAGUAGUAAGGACCAGAGGGACCAAGGUCCACGACGGAGAUGUCGAAUCCUCGCACCGAUAUUACUAUUGAUAAGUGCUCUAUUACUGGGCGGACUUUGUCUCCCAUUUAUACUACAAACUGCCCCUGCUAAUCACGAACAGAGGCUCGAUGUUAUUCGAAGAAUCCUCACUGAAGUGCCUCUGAUUGAUGGGCACAAUGACUUGCCCUGGAAUGUGAGAAAAUUUGUGCACAAUCAACUGGGCGAGGUGAAUCUCAGUAGUGACCUGGGGAGAGUUGACCCAUGGGCCAGGUCAGAUUGGAGUCACACGGAUAUUCCGAGAUUGCGCGCCGGACUUGUUGGAGCUCAGUUUUGGUCAGCUUAUGUACCCUGCGGCGCAGCUCAACUUAACGCUGUACAGUUGUCUCUUGAGCAAAUUGACGUGAUACGAAGACUUGCUGAGAUGAAUGCUCAACAUCUUACUCUUGUAACUUCUGUACAAGGUCUGCUCGAUGCUCAUCGCGAAGGAAAAAUCGCAAGCCUGAUCGGCGUCGAAGGUGGUCACUCCCUCGGAAAUUCUUUGGGCGUUCUCAGGACAUUUUACGGUCUCGGAGCACGCUAUCUAACAUUGACACAUGCGUGUGACACAUCGUGGGCAGUUUGUUCAGUUGGCGAAGCCAAUGGUACACAAGACAAUGUUCCAGGUCUUAGUGAAUUUGGCAAGGCAGUCGUGAGAGAACUGAACAGACUUGGUAUGCUGGUGGAUCUCUCUCACGUAUCAACGAGAACGAUGAGAGCUGCGCUUCAAACCACGAGGGCGCCGGUCAUUUUCUCUCACAGUGCUGCACGAGCUCUCUGCAAUUCUAGCAGAAACGUGCCUGACGACGUCCUCAAAAAUCUGGCUAAAAACGGUGGAAUCGCUAUGGUACCUUUUUACACAUACUUCAUAACAUGCAACAGUACUGCAACAAUAAAAGACGUGAUUGCACACAUCAAUCAUAUAAGAAAAGUAGCAGGUAUCGAUCAUGUGGGUAUUGGAGCAGGAUUUGAUGGAAUAAAUUUUACACCAACUGGACUGGAAGAUGUUUCAAGAUAUCCUCAACUGUUGGCAACCUUACUCGAGGAUCCAACGUGGACUGAAGAGGACAUAAAGAAACUCGCUGGCCUCAAUCUAUUGAGAGUUUUCUCAAGAGUCGAAGAGGUACGUGACGAAUGGCAUAAAGCAGCAGUGCUGCCUAUUGAAAAAAUAAGCCCACCAGAUAACUCAGCCUGUGCAUACGGCGCGUCUUGAUCCUCUUUAAGGACACUAGUACCAGGAUUCCUUGAUCUCGGACAUAUUCCCAAAAUUUAUCGCGGUCCGCCAGAUCCUAAUGCUAAAAUUCACGUGGAAAAAGCAACGAGACAUUCAUAAUAUUAAUAAUUAAUUAUAAUUAUUAUUAUUAAUUUAAAUCUAUUAAUUAUCAAUUAAA